ACUUUAAAAAACAAAGUGGCAAAGCAACAUAUUCCUAUAUAACACAACCGUUUCUGUGUAAUAGUAUAUAUUGAGCUCAAAUACUUUUCAAUUUUCUCGGUUUUUUUUUUCAAAAAUAAUUACCUUCCUUUCGGUACAGUUCUUCAUUAUUUCUUGAAUACAAUUAGAACUACCAUGCAUAAAUUUUUUACAUUCUUCAAAAAAGAUAAUGAAAUCACUUACCCAAUAGAGUUAGAAAAUUCUUACAAAGUAUUAAAAAAAAAUAUAGGCGUAGGUAGUUUUGCCGUUGUUAAGGAAUGUAUAGAUAAAAAAACCGGAGAAUCAUAUGCAUUAAAAAUUCUUACCAAAAAAUCGAUAAAAGGAAGAGAAAAUUUGUUAGAUACAGAAUUGGGUGUAUUAAAAAAAGUAGAUCAUCCAAAUAUAGUAAAGCAAAAGGAUUUAUAUGAAUCAAAAGAAGGAGUAUUUAUUAUAACGGAAUUAGCUAGUGGAGGAGAAUUAUUUAAUCAACUUUUAUUAAAAGGUUCUUAUACUGAACGAGAUGCUGCUAAUUUGGUAAAACAAAUAUUAGAAGGUGUCGCUUAUCUACAUGAUCAUGAGAUAGUGCAUAGAGAUUUAAAACCUGAAAAUCUCUUAUUUAAAGAUAAAACUGAUAAUGCAAAAUUAAUGAUUACAGAUUUUGGAUUAUCAAAAAUUAUGAAAGAUGAUAAUGAUAUAUUAAUGACCGCAUGUGGUACACCAGGUUAUGUGGCUCCUGAAAUAUUAUUACAAACGGGACAUGGUAAAGCUGUUGAUAUUUGGAGUUUAGGAGUCAUAGCUUAUAUUUUAUUAUGCGGUUAUACACCAUUUUGGGGUGAGGAUCAAGUUACAUUAUUUGAAAAUAUUAAGGCUGGUAUUUAUGAAUAUGAAGAAGACUAUUGGUAUGAUAUAUCAGAUUUGGCAAAAGACUUAAUUGAUAAAAUGUUAACGUUUAACCCGACACAACGUAUAACGGCUCAUCAAGCACUACAACAUGAUUGGUUCAAAUCUGCUACAAAUGUUGACAUUUUAGAAAAUGUAAAGAAAAAUUUUUCUGCUAGAGAAACGUUUAAAAAAGCUAUUCAACUUGUACAAGGUGUCAAUCGUAUACGUAAAAUUAUCGGAAAUGGUGAAACGGAAAUUAGUGGUGAACUUGAAAAAUUAUGAGUUUGUUUAUUUUAUAUCAUCAUAUUAAUAUCUUAUUAAUAUAAAAUAUUCUAUAAGUCUAAUUAAUGAUAUUG